UCUUCAAAUGGGUAAGGAGGAUUUUUCCUGGUACAUCAAUUUCGACCACAGUAACAUUUGAUUGCCUCCAAACUGCUUAUAAAGACAUGAUCUUGCCACAGUUUGGCAUACUGAGGCUCGGCGUGUACUGCUUCUUCUAGUGCAACCUUUGUUGUUAAUACCGUUGGUUCAACAGCUUACAAUCACCACCAUCAUCAUGAAUCGAUUCAUCGUUUUGCUGCUGCUCUGCGCCAUUGCAGUGCAACAAAUCAGUGGCCACCCAGACGCGGCUGUCAAAGAGGGAGGGAGAGCGGUUCGCGGCCAUCCGCACUACUGUGGAGCGACUCUUCAAGAAAAAUACCGCGAGAUUUGCCACGCAUUCCGUGCGACCUCCAACCAAGAGUUUCUGGAUUCAAAGGACGCCAACACAUUCUUGUUUGGACGUGGUAUCGGGAAGCGAAACCUUAACGAGGAAUGCUGCGGUGAGGGAUGCUCCGACGAGGAAAUUUAUGAACUCUGCUAAAGGAGAAACCAAAGUGAACCCAGCUGACUUCUUGCCAUGGGCGUAUUCAGCUUUAAAACAAAUAAUGUUUGCUCUCUCAUACUGAAAUAUGAUUAGUGUCGGUUUUCUUCAUUGAAUAAUGAAUAUAAAAUGGCAUUUGCUUCCCUUUUGACAUGUCGUUGAACAUUCAGUACGUAGCUCCUAUUUCUCUCUCUACCUCCCAUUUUGGGGGGAGUCGAUUCAGCCCCAAAGUGUCAGCUGUCUCAAAACACACCUUUGGACCUUGACAUGCACAGCAAAAAAAAGGCAAGUUUUGAUCCAACCGAAUGGAUCCAACUUCUCUCCUAGCGGACAAUUAAUGGAUGGUCAUCGCACUGAUCACCCCUUCAGGUUCCUCAAGGUUGAAACGAAGUAUUAAACGACGUAACAGCUUAUCUUUCAAACUAAAACAUCUUUCCCAUUCAGGCAACUAUGUACUUGUACGCGAGACUGUUCUUUAUUUUGAUGAAAAGUCUUCUGAUCAAGCAAUUAAAAAAUAAAACGAGAAUGACUCUUGCCUGUAAUAUGCUUUUGGGUAAUCUGACGAAUGCGAUAAACCACCAAACUAUAGCAAAAAAGGUUUCCAUGGCAAUCCAUGCUUAUGCAUUAUUGGCAAUUCUCCUUUAGGAGUUAUGCCUUAAUUUAAAUUAGCAAAACUAACUACAAAGGGCCUACUUUAUGAUUAUCUCGCCCUCACAGCUGUUCUUCCUGUUUGCUAUUUUAUCUUUUCCAUCAGCACAACCGUGACUUGAGUCAGCAUGAAAGAUUAAAGUUUACUUGCAAAGCA